UCGCGCCCGAGGACAACCAGCAUAACAGUGUACGCAGUUGUUACGAACGGACGUCUUAUCGAUACGCUCUCGCGAAAGUUGCCGGUGAAUGUGUUUGUUCGUUCAAAGGAUUUCAGUGUAAAAAAUACAAAAUGCUUUGGGAUAAUUCCGCGGAGAACGUGGACCCUUGCCACUGCACCAGUGGUAAGUGCUGCUGUUGUAAGAGUUUCUUGGGUAGUCCAAUGAAGCAGGACGGCGAUUUGUCCUUGUACGAGAGCCCCGACCCCACGGGCGUCACCUCCUCCAGGUGUACGCACCAAAAUAAGCGUCGUCGCCCCUUGGAGGAUGUCGACAGCAACUCCAGGGAUUCUGGAUACGGAGCUAGUUGCAGUGUCAUUUCACCAAAGAGGUCAUUUUCUUCAACAUCUUCUAUGGAUGAUUUUCUUGAUAUUUGCGGUCUUGAUGACACGGACGAAAACGCCCAAUUACCCGGCGAAUUUUCGAAUUUAAUCUCGGGUAGUUUGGUGGCUAACGAAAUUUCGCCUGACACACUUCCUAAAUAUCGCAGAUCAAUUUCUUUGCCUUCUUAUUCUCCUAAAGCACGGUCUUGUUUGUUCAAAAAAUCCGACGAUAUACGCUGUUUUAAAAGGCCCGAACCUCCUACACCAAGUCCAAGAAGCAUCAAGAGGUACAAAACCACCGUUGAAGAAACGUCCGUUAAAUUCAACGAUUUUUCUUUGUCGGCGAAUGAAGAUACCAUCAAAACAGCCCUUCAACGAUCUCAUUCUGAUCCGGAUUUAAUCGGCGACUUCAGUAAACAAUUUUGUUUACCUUUAGUAAGCGGAAAACACUCCGAUUUAAAAUCGAUCAACCCAUCGACGCUCGUUGGACUUAUGAAAGGAGAAUUUCAAAACCGCGUUGCUUCGUUUAAAGUCGUCGAUUGUAGAUUUCCUUACGAAUACGAAGGUGGACAUAUUUCAGGCGCCAUUAACCUUUAUACUAAAGAACAAAUUAUGGAUGAAUUAUUACAUAGCAAAAUUGAAGAAAACUCACCUGUUGGUGCUCACGAAGAUCACCGAAGACACAUUCUUGUUUUCCAUUGUGAAUUUUCAAGUGAAAGGGGACCAAAUUUAUUAAGAUUUCUUCGUAAAGUCGAUAGAAACCACAACAUGAAAUUUUAUCCUUACCUCCACUUCCCGGAAAUUUACCUUCUUCACGGCGGAUACAAGAAUUUUUAUGAAGAGCAUCCAGAUUUAUGUGAUCCAAACUCGUACUUGCCAAUGCUUCAUCCUAACCACGAAAAAGAUUUGAGAUUUUUCCGGUCAAAAUCGAAAACGUUUAACAAAGACAAUCGAUCGAAAUCAGGGUUGAAGUCUCUGUCUUUUAAGCGACUCUAAUAUUGUUCGAAAAUAUUUUUUAUAACUUAAAUUCACCCCAAAAAGAACCAUUUCUGAGUACAAAGAUUUGUUUAGGAUAAUUUAUAUAUAGUUGCGUAACGUGUUAUUAAUAUUAUCACAAAGUUUAUUAUUUUUUUUUUAUUGUAAAAAGUUUCUUUAUGUAAGAUCAUAGACGUAAGUUUUUAUAAUUUUAGUAUUGUCGCGUAAUUUUUUCAACUUUUAUCCGAUACUUCGACCUUUACACCAAAGCUAUCGUUUUUAGACCGCUUUCGUAGGUCUGCUCAGUGCAAUUUUUUUUGGAAAGGAUUUUUUUGAAAUCGCAAUGUUCGUCUCUGUCCUCCUUUUUUUGUUGUUUUAAUUCUGUUUAUUUUUCUUAAUAUUUCUGUGAGUCUCUAUUAUACACGGAGUUCUUUUUAUAGAUUCUAUAUUUUAAACGAUUGUUUCCUAUGUCGUCGUAUCUUAUGUAAUUAUUAAUUUUUAUAAGUAUUUCCGUGGUUUUGUCGUUUGUUUUUUCUUAAUUGUGUGGGACGGGGAACUUGAAAAGAAAAUAGUUGUACAUUUUUUUUUUAAUUUGACUGAUUUUUAGCAGACUGAGCAAGUUCUUUUCCCCCAUAAUAGCGCGUGCAUCGUUUGAAGUCUACGAAGAGUGAUAACUUAAUUAGUCUGUAGAAACAUAAAGUUUAUAUAUUCGAUAAUUUAUAAUAGAAUAAAAACAUUUUUUCCUUCGAA